GGCAACUCAUCCUCGACAUCUCAACUUUGCAAGUCUGCACAUCUCUCCCCCCCCCUCGACUCGAGAGUCUGAGAGUGCAAGGGACGAUCCGGAAGACGCGGGGCAAUUGCCAAGGUUCAACCAAUGAUGGACCCUGAUGCCGUCCACCUGGAACCCGGCGCUGGAUCGGUCGGGUCUAAAUCCGUGCUACAGGCCGCUAACUCUUUGAGUGCAGUCCAUCUCCGACGUCGUCUGAUGCAGAUUACUUGCGCAUGGCUGCUGCUGCUGGCUGCACAUGGUUGCACGGGUUGUUAUCCAGACCUUCCACAACCAUAACCACAGCCUCAGUCACUCCCACAAAUAACUGCAUCGCGAGCAGAACAGCAGAGCAGCCAGCCACCAUGCUUCCUGGCCGGCUGCUUGCUCCCUCAAGCCCAUCAUGCUCUUGAGAAAACCAACAGUCGCCCUGUGCUCCAGCGGCUGCCUUUCCUCGGCCCUGGCUCUCCCCGCAGCCGCAUCGAUAACGUCAUCGAUUGGCCCGUCUUCAACUUCAACUUCGACUCCGACUCGGUCAUCAACACCACAGUCGUCGCCGACGUCCACGCCCCUGCGCAGGACAAAAUCAUGUGCACCGAUCCAAUGGCGCCCGUCACGGUCCUAUGCCACCGUCCGAGACGAACCCCCCCGCAACGAUGACGACGCAGCCGCCCCUCCGACCUGGCCCACGUCCAAGAACCCGACCCCCUACGAGAUCUUCGACCAGGCCAAGUCCACCCCCUACAACAAGAAGACCUUCUACCAGCUGGUCAAGCUCUACCACCCGGACCGCCACGCCCACACCUCGGGCCUCGGCGGCGGGGUCAUGACCCAAAAGGCCAAGCUCGAGCGAUACCGCCUCGUCGUCGCCGCGAACGACAUCCUGUCAGACCCGGCCAAGCGCCGCGCCUACGACCUGUACGGCGCGGGCUGGGGCGGCGCUUCCGACAUGUCCAACACCGCCUACCGCGAGGCCGACCGCGCGUGGCGCGCCCAGGCCGGCACCGCCGCCCACAACGCCACCUGGGAGGACUGGGAGCGCUGGCACUGGGAGCAGAACGGCCGCCGCAACGGACAGACGAGGUCUGAGCCGCGCUACAUGAGCAACGGGCUGUUCGUCAUGGCCAUCUGCGUGUUUGUGGUCCUCGGCGGCUGGGGCCAGGCCACGCGCGCCGGCAACCAUGGCAUGUACCUCGUUGAGAUGCAGGAGAAGAAGGACGUCCACAUCAGCGAGGAGAUGUGGCGAAGGAGGAGGGAGAAGGCCCUGCUUACCCGGGAGGAUAGGGUGGAGAAUUUCCUGAGGUCGAGGGAGGGGUGGGAUACUGCUAUUAAUGACUCCCAUCUGCCCAAAGAUUGAUUGACCAUGGAUCAGCGCAAUGAAAGCAGAUAUUUUCCUCCA